GUAAAAUCGAACAAAUCCUUUGACAAUGACAAUGGACAGAUAUCGCUACCCAAGACUUUUGUUACUCGUAAAGGAGCGCUGUUGUUAUUUACACCAUCGGAAGAACUCUUGACUGUUGAAAAAGAACAAAAACCUGUUGAUGUUUAUGAGGAUGGAUUAACGUUAGGAACGAUAGGGAAUCUKGCAAACUCAGUUCUUCAAUUUGGAAAGAAGGAAGAGCAAGCCUGGGAAGGAAUCCCUAGCACACCACCACCUGAYAAUGACAAUCAACGAAACAGUCCGUCCGUCAUUAAUGACAGGAAAGCUUUCUUACGCUUCCUUCACUAUCUGGACUCCGAGUCCCUCACAGCUGACAARCACGCACAGCCGGGGUGUGACCCUGACUUCUACCUUGAUGAACUUAGRACUUCCUCACGGGUUGUGAGUUCAAGACGUAGAUCUAAAGAUGUACAGACGCCGUAUUCAUGUCGAACGUACUCGAGCUUUCUGGAGGACGAUGACAUGUCUGAUAUUGUGCGUCAAUACAUUAAAUGGAGCAAACUUGAAAAACAGUUGCAGCAAGAACAAAUGGCCACGGACGAGGAUAUCCAAGAAAAUCCAGAUUWCGACAGAUACAUUCAUUCUACUUCGCCUUCACAGCCCAGUUAUACACUGAGAUCGCAGUCAGUACCUCACCAGUACUUUCACACAUACGACGACACACUUCGACCCAGUACCGCUCCUUUGCCACCUGCCCCUGAAACACCGCGGGCCAACCCGAGGAUUACAAGUGGAAAACGCCCUCCUCCAACUCGAGCGCUGGGUAGUAAGCCUGAUAACCUUGAUGGCAUUCUACGAGCUGACAUAAAUCCAGGACGUARCAUACGAAGAGGACCAAGCCCGCGUUUAAAGUUCAGCAGAAAUACGUCACCAACGUUUUAUGCGCCGUCAUCACGUGGUGGAUCCCCUGAACAUGGGUUAAUGCCUCGAUUCGAAACACCAGGGGCAAUGUCUGAAGGGUGGAGUCGCGCCGAUGAUAUCAUACAAGAGGUGGAAGAAACGGAAGGGCCUACCACACGACCCGUGAGUGCUGCCUCGUAUGGAAGUGUUCAUUCAUCACCCAAGAUGAUGAACCGUCCUUCCAGUAAAAGGGAAUCGAGUGCUGCAAAUUCAAAAGGUCUAGAGAGUGAGAGCACAAAUAAGAUGACAUCSGCCAGUCGAAGCGCUAGUAUGUCAAGUGUGUCAUACCAGAAGGGCUCGCGAAGUCUGUCGGGAAAAUCGCGUGCCCUAACUCUUAACCAAUCAAGAAACUCUCUUGAGUUCCAUGACGAAAUGAACCCCGACGUUUCGGAUCACAUGACGUCAUACUCAAAGGAUGAUUCAUGUGUACUUUGUGCGCAUCCGCCAUCGAGUAUUCCGCACUUGAGCCCACGAAGCAUGUCAGCGCCGAGAGAAACACGAACUGUUGGGUAUGCUACAAGCUCAGUUUCUGUGACAGUGAGCCAGGAUCGCGUUAGCUCAUCGCCGCGCGGCGUUGUCCCGCAAAGCCGACUAUCGCACACUUCAAGUGCCUCCUCGAAGAGACGCUAUUCCCAUCCGGAUCCACAACCAAGUGAUGGUAUACCACGUGCAAAGUCACGUGGCUCAAACCGUUCUAGAAUGAGYUCACAUCCUGAUAAUAGUCCUUCUGUAUCACCAUGGCCACAAAAUGAAAUGUCAAGCGGACCAGGGAAAGUAUCCAGAGCAAGUUCUAARAUGUCAAGACGGACAGAUGCGAUGGGUGACCUCGGAAGUCGUGCAAUCGCUUUGAGAAGCCGGUCAGCUUCYACUACAGCAACAAAAGUCCCCGCUAAGGGAAGGUCAKGUCAAUCGAGACCCGUCAGUGCACCGAUCUCCAUAAACUGUGAUGAUGCAAAUGCUUCCUUGGCRACGCUUGGCAGCGAGGCAAACAUGGCUGAUGUUAUAGAGGUUAUGCCUCGUAGCCAUGUCUACGUUGAUGACGUUAGUGAUGAAGAGAGGAGCUUGGACUCUCCCGAUGAAGCCUGGCCGGUGAAUGCUGAUGGAGAACUUGAGAUCAGUGAAGAUGAGAUGAGUGGAUUUGGAAGUGAGGCAGAAGAGGUGAACUUGGAUCUACCCUCUUCUCCUGCUCUUACAGCAUCUGGAUUUUUUCAACUUGAAUCCUCUUGGAGUCCUGUACCAGCUGUUGAAAAGACUGAAGGGCUUCAGUCCCCUGAUAACCUCGCCUUAAAACAACCGUCAGAGACUGGAGCUACUGGGUUUCAGUCCCGCUCACCUUCACCAACACCAAAACAUCGCACACCAGCUCUCAUUUCUAAUGAAAAUGACACAGAUUCCAUAGCAUCACUCGAAAAAGAAGAGCAAUGGCCACCAGAAAGAUCACAAGUCUUUUCACCAACUCCUGUUCCAGCAACUCCAAUACCUACCGUCACUCUAAACGAGGAACCGACUGAGGACAUUGCCGACACUCUUAGACCGACAACCCCUGCUAUGUACCAAGAAACCAUAGAAAUUGAGAAAUCUCGUCCCAGUUCUCCAACUACUGACCUCGAACGACAUCAGCCAGUCUCAGUGUCGGAGUCUGUGAUCAAGUAUUUGGAGACGUCGCACGAGCCUGCCGAGCGCCCGCGCAGCGGUAGAGCCCUAAAAUCCCCAGAUCUAGUCGAGAAACAAGAAUCAGUUUCGGAAGAGAAAUCUAUUGAUGAAGAAUCACCAAUCGUUGAGGUUUUGACUGAGCAAAAGAUUGAAAACACUAAAACAGACACRAAGGAAAGCUCAGUUAUUGYUUCSMAUAAAAAAGAUAAACCACAUAGUGCAGGUAAAGAAAAACUUACAAUUGGGAUUGAUAUCACCAAGGAAACACCAAAACAAAAACAACAGGAUUCUACAAUACAGGAAACUGAAGCCCGCCGAGAUUAUGUCAGUAGUCUCCUUAUCAAAUCCAAUCCCACAGUGGAACGCGGACGUCUUGAGCUGGAAGGGAUUGGGAAAGAAGGCGAGGAGUUUGUUAGCUUAACUUCCCCAGUCUCGACUGCGCCUSCGCAAUCUUCAGUUUAUGAGUCGCCUAAAAAAGAUGUGGUUCAAUCUACCAAGACAGCGGAACCAGCCAAGAAUGACUUAUCUGAUUUAGCUGCCCUUAUCAAUCGAAAUAAAUCAGCCAAAGCAACRAAAGAAAAGAAGGAAGCUAAAAAGAAACCAAAGCCGCCAAAGUCUUCAAAGAAAGAGAUCAAAGUCGACCCACAAAACAUUGAYUUUGAUGCUUUCAACACACCAGAGAUGUUAGCCCACAUGGACGAUGAUUUGAAAGAAUUGUUACAGCAACAAAACGCUGUUGGGGCACCUGACGGGACUGUAGACAAUAAAACGAUUGGUACUACUCAAAAUGUCGAGGUGCCACAAGUUGCUGCAAAAGUUUCCCCUGAGAAGAAAAAUGCUCACACACCGUCUAAACCAAAGAAGCCUUCAAAACAAGAGCUUGCAAAAAAACGUGCCGAGGAAAGAAAAGCAGAGAAAAAGAGAAAAGAAGAAGAAAAGAAAAGAAAGGAAGAAGAGAAACAACGAAGAGAAGAAGAGCUGCGUUUAUUGAAGGAAAAAGAAGAAGAGCAAGCUGAGGCGAAACGKGAAGCCGAGAUGAAACAGAAAGCAAUUGAAGAAGAAAGAACAAAACGUCUUGCUGAAGAAGAAGAGGCACGUCGCGAGGAAGAAGAAGCCAUGGAAAAGCUUAAAGAAGCCAAAAAGAAGGCACGCGAAGAACGAGAACAGCGCAGAGCCGCAGAGGCUGAAAGACGCAAACUAGAAGUGCAGCGAAAACGAGAAGAAAAGAAGAAGAAGGAAGAGGAAAUGAGAGAGAAAGAAAAAGAAAUGGAACAAAUGAAAUUCGACCAAGAAAAGCGAAGACAGGAACUCAUGGACGCCAAAAAGCGUCAGGAGGAGCUCGACCGCCUCGAAGAGGAAAGGCGRCAGGAAGAGGAACGACUACGUUUGUUAGAGGAAGAAGAAGAACAAAGAAGACUCGAAGAAGAGCAAAUACGAGAAGCCGAAGAAGAACUUCGACGACUACAAGAAGAACGAGAAUACAAAGAACAGAUGAGGCGAAUAGCUGAAGCAAGGGAGAAGAAAUUGAAGGAGGAAGAAGACGAAAGACUCCGUCAGGAGGAAGAAGAGCGACGUAAGCUCGAGGAAGAGCGACGUAAAAUCCARCAACAAGAAGAUGAGAAAGUCGAACAAGAAAAGAGACGCAUUGAUAUCGCWAGACGAUUGGAAGCUGUAGCACGCAUGCGUCUCGCCCACGAGGCCGCUAGACGUAAAACAAUGCUACUAAAACGACGAGAGSAGAAUCUGGACAGAAUUCAACACUUACGUAGCGUACGACAAGAACAAGGCUUAACGAGAUCGCGGGUCUUUAGUUAUUACAUACGAAUACCACGGCAGGUAUGGGAGGUACCCAUUGGAUACAAUAAGCAGAAGAAGGGUUUUAGAGCCGUAAAGAAAAAACCUCCGCCAAAGACGUAACGCACGUUUUACGUGGAAUCAUAGUUAGCGCAAGGAUGCAAUACGUAAUCAAUACGGAAUAUAUUGUAUCAAUACGGAAUAUAUUGUAUAAAAAAAAAAACACCCUAAAAAGUUCAAUCACCACGUGAGGGCUUACGUGAUGUAACCGCGUAACUCUCAAAUUCUAUAGAACCAUUCACAAUACAUUUGUGAUGUUGAGCAAAUGAACCCGUGAAAACUAGAAAAAGAAAAUACUUGUUUUUUGUUCUUCAAAAAGAUUUUAUUUGUGUAUGGUUCAAAUAUGGGAGAGGAGGAAGAUGGAGUUAGUCCAAUCGAUAUAGAACUACUUAAAGUAGUACUUUGCAAUGAGGUAAAUUAGGAACCAGAUGUUUAUUCGGAAAAAAGAACAAAUCAGUGUCAAAUGUAAUAUUUUGUUAUCAAACCAAAUGUAAAUUUCMAAAUUAGUAAAAAUUGUAGUAGAAAAUAGUUUUGGUUGCAGAUGUAUAUACAGAAAUAAGGGAACUUGUAUUGAAUUUUGUAAAUUAGGUAGAUAUUUUUGAUAUUGAAUUAGAAUGAACGGUC